AUGGGCGCUGUGGAAGGCGCCUGGUGCGGCGCGGGCGCCGUCCCGUCCCUGAAGGAAAAGGAAGUCCUGGAGCAUCAGCUAAAAACUAGAUGUUUUGAAUACUUUGAACAUAAAAUCCUUAAAAUAUUUGUUAUAGAUGUGACAACUGAGGCAGUAGGUGUGGCUAUUGCUGCACCUCCGUCAGAAGGGGAGGCAAAUGCAGAGCUGUGUCGCUACCUCUCUAAGGUGCUAGAGGUGAAGAAGAGUGAAGUUAUUUUAGAGAAGGGUGGUAAAUCACGUGACAAAGUGGUGAAGAUUUUGGUAUCGAUGACACCAGAUGAGAUAUUAGAAAAACUGAAAAAAGAAGCUUCCUCUUGACCUAGAACAAGAGCAGGAAAUGGAACAAUGCAUCUUGGUAAAUGGAGUGAUGUUCAUACUAAUGUAAAACUAGUCCUGCUGAGAAUUUGGAUAAUGACUAGGGAAAAAGAUACUUUUUUUGCCCCUUUGUGAGUACAGCUGCUGCAUAGUUGAAGUGUUUAUCUAGAUCUGGACCUUCUCCUUUAUCAUUGUGUGUAGUGAAAUUAGAAAAACUUGUCUUUACAGAGGGUCCAGGUCUGCUUCAGUCACUACAGAUUUUUUUUCUCCUCUGGAGAGUUUUCUGUCUGUAAGAUUUCUAAGAUUUGUUCUCUUUCCUUGUCCCUUAACAAACGAUUUAGAAAACUUGUUUUUGAAUGAAAUAAACUGUGGUUUACAAAAUAAAAGGCUUGGAGUAACAGGCUUCUAAGGCAUUGGAUUGAUCUCAAAAGAAAUGUUGUGCAAAAGGAUAAAUCACUAGAUGGUAAAGAGCACAAAAGAGCAUUCUCUGUCAUAUCUGGUGGCAGGCAUAGGGUGCAGUUCUCCUCUAUUACCUGCACUCCUGAAAAUCUAAAUUAUAUUUAUUUGAAGCCAGUAUACUUUGUUGAGCACACAGGCAAACUAAAACGGAAUCAUCUGAGUAACUGAAACCAGAAGUUUGCAGUAUGAAAAACUGACCCAGAACCUCAUAAUUGCAUACACAGAGUCACUUUGUAAUAGUCUGUAAUUAGUUUCCUAAAAAGUAGAGAUACAGCCAUGGUUUCUUUGCCAAAUGUUUGUCAAGAGUAAUGACUGUUUUUAAUAAUAAAAAAGACAAAAAUA